AUGUCGAAGACACAAGCACCUGAUCCCAUGGUAAUGGUGGCCGAGCUCGAGAUGGAAAUGAUGUCUGAUAUGUACAGAAGGAUGACCAAUACUUGUCAAGCCAAGUGUAUUGCAGCUCACUAUAAGGAAGCCGACCUGACAAAGGGAGAAUCUGUAUGUCUGGACAGAUGUGUGGCCAAGUACUUGGACGUGCACGAGAAGCUCGGCAAAGUGCUGACCAAUAUGACCCAACAGGACGACAAACAGCUACAGCAAUUGCAGAAGAAGUAA